AUGACAGAUGACACGGACGACAGUGGCGGAGUGAUUUUCGAGGGCCCUUUUGACCCUGAUGCGCAGGCCACCGUGACAGACUUCAUCGAUUACACCGAGUACCUACCGUCCGAUGUAAUCCGCUCGUUGACGUUGAUCCGUGGACUGGACGAGACGUACUUGGAUGCCACGCAAAGAGUUCAUGAGCUUACGAAGAUAUACGGGCAGCUCCCAGAGCUGCCUGCAGAGUCGCGACCAAACCCGCAAGAACUACGCGAGCAGAUCUCCGUGGAGUUGAACCGCUCUGUCAAUGCACGCGAAGCUUCGUACGCAGAGGCAUGCCGGAUAUACGAUGUUGUUGACCGUCACCACGAUCGCCUAGGAAACAUUAAAAAGAAGCUUGAGUUGUUACCCAGACCGCCCUCGCGCGACGCCACCCCCGCUGCAAAACGCUCACGAGGCAGUAGAAAGACCGAGGACGUCGCGACACGUAUCACGCUGCGCGUCGAUGGCCAGAUUCCUGACAAAGCUGGAUUGCCUAAAUCCAGGAGUCGACGAUCGAUGAUUACUGGGCUUGAUCCGGACUCGCCUAUUGCCAGCACAGAGCAAUCCGACAAUGAAAACCCCAAAGUCCGAUCGCGUCGUGGUGUCGUUGUCCCAGACGACGAGGCUUUGCAACUGAAGAAAAACAAGAAGCGCGGCCGACAGCAGCGGACAUCAGGACCUGGUACGAAUGUGCGUGGUUCUCUGGCUGGAAUUUCGACGAGCAAUGUACUAGCGUUGCUUAAACCACCGCCAGAGGACGCCAAACUUGGUAGUGAGGACUUACCAUGGCUACGACUUACGGACUGGGAAAUGACGAAACUACGGAAGAAGAUGAAGAAGAAUGCUGUUUGGCAACCGAGCGAGGUUAUGAUUAACAGGGAACUUGCGAGAAAUGGAAGGGGCUGGGAAGGCUAUCGAGCUGCUAAGGCGGAAGCCGAGGCCGCCGGAGAGGAACUGAUUGACUGUGAUGAUAUCGAGAAUACUUAUGUACCGGGAAAGCUUAUCCGCAAGGGCGAGGCGACUGCUGAUAUGUCUGCAGUUGAAGAGAUAAAAACCAGCAACCGCGGUAUGCUUUUGAAUGAGGCCAAAAGAAUCAAGCGCGAAACCAUAGCUCGUGAGCAAGAAGCUGCAUCUGCUGCUGCCGCCGCUGCGGUAGAAGCAGAGAUGGCUGCCAAGCGGCUGAGCGACAUCGGUUCGACAUUCAAGCGUUUGUUUUCCACCCCGGGCGAACUCCGUGGCGCUGUAGCUGCAGCGAUGGACUCUCCGAAACCUAAUGGCGCAGCUUCUACUCCAUCAGGAAAGGGAAAGUCAAGGCCUUCGAGGAAGAGGAAGGCCGAAGAAAGCCCCUCGGCAGAGCGUUCAACGGUGAACGCCGCACUUGAUUCUACUAGUCAACCUCUAUCCUCGAAGCCGGCGUCGAAGAGGCGUAAUAUCAGCGCAGCUCGCUCAGCGGAAGCGGUAGAAUCAUCUCAGGUUAUAUCGGAAACUUCCCCCGCUGCGAUGUCUCAAGCUGAAACUAUCAAAAGCAAGGCCCUCAAGACGUUAUCUUCUAGUCCACCACCAACUAGAGCUCGUUCGAUUGCUUCUUCCCGGGCUUCUAUAUCGCUUGUUGUCAACCAGAAAACGACAGCGACUCCCACACCUCCAACGACUAGGCCACCAUCAAGGCGACGAUCGGGAGCGACUUCAGCCGAGCCAGGAACUGCCACAAAUGCUGCCGUCAUUGGGAUUACACGGGAUCAUCUCCGCCGAAAGAGUACAACGCCAGCAUUGAAGACUCCAGCCCCCGAUUCGAGUGCAGUGGCAGCGGGAGCCAGUGCUCGACGAAAGAAACGGCCGGCGCCUGGGCCAGUCUCAUCUAGUUCGGAGGGCGGAGCAACAGUCAGCCAUGGAAAACGAAAAUCGAAGCCUAAAAAACGGGCACCGGGGAAGGAGACCAUCAAGGGCGAGGACUACCGCAUUGAUGAAGACGGAGUACUAGAGAAGAUUGAUCCGAAUGAGCCGCGGUACUGUCUCUGCAAGGACGUCAGUUUUGGGACGAUGAUUAAUUGCGAAAACCCAGACUGCGAAGGGGAAUGGUUUCACCUCGAUUGCAUCGGGCUUUCGGAACCGCCUAGUCGGCGCGCGAAGUGGUUCUGCCCUGAAUGUCGCGUGAAGCUCAAAAAAGCGCCUGAUGGGAUAGAGAGGUUAGGAUGGUUGCUUGGAUUUGGAAUUACUAUUACUGCUGCUAUUGCUAUUGCUAUUGCUAUUGCUAUUAGUUCAGGGCUCAGCCACAAUAACGAGUUCAUGUUUUCUGUACCUUGA